UUUUACACUCGUGCUAUACCAAAGGAUGCGUUCAUAAGUGAUAUACUCUGAAAGAGGGCAAUCCAACGAUUAUGCCAGGGAAAGCGUCCCAUCCAGCACUAGUAUGGCCUCGCACAGACGGCGAUAAAUCCCGCUGGCCCCAGACAUCACCACCAAAAGCAAGUGACUGGUAUUUUGAGGAAGUUCCCGACAAUGAUCCGAAGUAUCAAUUGUAUGAGCAGAAGACAGCGGAGGGAAUUAUCAAGUUUCUGGGCCUCGAAAUUGAUGCGACUAAGCAGAGAAUGCCGUUACCCGAGGGAUACAAGAUAUAUGCACAUAGGAAGAAGCAACCCGAUGGAUCGUUACGAACUGAUUUCUAUGUUUUUGGUUCAUCAAAUGCUCUCAGAUUUCGAAGUACCAGGGAAUUUGAACCUCAUGCUGUUUGGCUCUUCGAUACUUCUAAGAGUAUCCUAGACCACUCAAAGUGUGGAUGCCCUUACAGCAAAGCUGGGAAAAAGAUCAAAGCUCGGCAAUCCCUUCCCGCGGCCCCCAAACGCCCUUUACCAUCUAUUUCCCCCUCCGCGGCUCAAGCUUUAGCUAAAAGGCCUAAAACAGAUAGCGAUGACACGGACAGAGAAAAUGAGAAGGAUAAGGGGAAAGGAAAAGGAAAAGGAAAAGAGAAAGAGUGGGUAGCUCCCGUAUCUGAACCAAGGUUAAAGACUGCACGAGUCGUUCAAGAGACCAAGCUGAAAGAGCAAGUGGAUGAGCAAGAAGAUCUAGAAGAAGAUAUACAAGAUCCAGAUGAUAAAGAUACCAUACCUUCGAUAGUACCAGAUCGGGCAGCGGAAUUAACCCAAGGAAGAAGAUUCCGAAAAGGAGAAUUGGUUUGGUAUAAGAUAGACACUAUCAUGCCUUCUGACGAACCACCGGAGUCGACUGAUGUUCGACCUCUGACGCAUUGGCCCGGACUCGUAAGCACCGUUGAACUUAAAGUUCGCACAGUCGGCCCUUCCGGACCCUCUCCCAAAAUGACUCAGAUGAUUAUCCAAUAUUAUGCCUAUCAUAUCCGGCCCUUGGGCAUUUUUAGUCCCUACGAUGAAGUAAUUAUGGAUCCAAAGGACAUGAUACCUUGGUUAGGCGGAGACCAACUCAACGGUGGACCUAGAGCUUAUGAUGCUGUGGGGCAACAAGCAAUGCACGCAUUAAGAAAAGAUGCGAAGAAGCAAGCAGAAGAGAUAAAGAAGCAAGGGAAAAGUCUAAAGGAGGUGGAAAAGAUUCUCAAAGAACCACCUGGCUGGGGUACUAAGUGGGCCAAAAAAAUCAAGUUCACAGAAAUGAAGGAUUGGGACAUGGUUGUCACCAAGUUUGCGUUUGCCCUGAGGGUUGCUGGGAUCAUCGGCAAGUGCUGGACCUUGACAGAUAGAAUUGAACCGUUAGAGGACGACCCAGACCUGUCAGAUGAAGAUUUGAAGGCUCUGAAAUCUGGGAAAAAGAUUUUUUACCAGGGCUUGUUUUGGGGUGGAGAACGUAUAUGGCUCGAGGACAUGGUCAGACUAAAGGCAAAUCGGAAAACCUACGCCCAAAACCAGAACUUCCCUCCCCCAUCUGAAGGAGCUUCUGAGCGUGGUGUCACAAUGCGGAUCAGUAAAAUAGAAAUAGAAAGAAAUUCCAAUUCUCGUUCAGUUGCUUUCAAUUGCAUGCUCUAUGGUGAUCUCUACGAGAUUGCCAAGCUCAGUGACGAGGAAACGACAGACCCAGAAAGCGGAUAUUUGAAUGUGCUUACAGGAGAAGAAGGUUCAGGGCAAAUACCUGCUGUGUUUGGGUAUCAUGCGCCUGAGGGGUACGCUUACAGGCAACUCAAUCCAGAAGACAGUGAGACGAUGUGUGAAAUUUCUGAUCUGGCCGGUCGUAUACAUCCCGAUUUUCUCGAUGCGGACAAGCAAAAUUGGUAUAUGGAUCCCAAAAGACGUGAGGAAACAGCAGGAAGACUCGAGCCCAAUAAUCACCCGUAUGCUAUUAUGGGAUUAAGACCAGGAUCCGAAGCGGCGUGUCAUGGUACUAUGAAAUGGAAACGCGAUCUAAUUCAAAUUGUGCAGGAUUCGCCGCUGAAGGUUGAGGAAGACAUGAUGUUUUUCUAUGUUAAAUCCAUGAGAGAAGUGUUAGGGCUACCAGUACCUGGGAAAAGAUCCGAGGAAAGUCAGGACAAGGAGGCUGGUGAUGGAGGAGGAAACAUUACGAAGGAGUAACAGUCAAGACGUAAUACUAAGCGGGGAGGUUGAGGGAGAUAAGUGCCACAACAGAAAACGCCGAGGGCGGAAUGACGCUAGUGUUUAUUUUUGUAACUGCUCCCUUAUUGGAGUAAUGGAUUUUGUAAUGGGUCAUUA